UAAAAGCCCGGUACCGUCACCGCCGAUCAGUUGUCGUGAAACGCCAGGAGAAUUAUUUGUAUCUGUAAACCACGUCUUGUUCAAUUCUGCGCUUCACGCAUCCUCGAUCAGACGAUUCUACAGUAAUUGCAAAACAUCGACCGGCGAAAUGGCUUGCCCGGUGAGAGAUCCCGCCUCGGAACAGCUGAACGAUUACAAAAGAAAACUCAAGGGUGAGACUGUAUUAUUAACUGCCAAUGGAGCGCCCGUUUAUGAGAAGAAGGCCAGCCUCACGGUUGGUCCUCGUGGGCCUAUGUUAUUGCAAGACUUUGUUUACCUGGACGAAAUGUCGCAUUUUGCUAGAGAAAGAAUUCCAGAACGAGUUGUACAUGCAAAGGGAGCUGGUGCGUUUGGCUACUUUGAAGUUACCCACGACAUCACCAAGUAUACCAAAGCCAAGGUGUUUUCUAGCAUUGGAAAAAAGACCCCGAUCGCCGUAAGAUGUUCCACCGUCGGUGGCGAAAGUGGUUCUGCCGACACUGUCAGAGAUCCACGUGGAUUUGCCGUAAAGUUCUACACUGAGGAGGGUAUCUGGGACCUCGUAGGCAACAAUACGCCGAUCUUCUUUAUCAAAGACCCACUCUUCUUCCCGAGUUUCAUACAUACGCAGAAGAGAAAUCCAGCGACUCAUUUAAAGGAUGCUGAUAUGUUCUGGGACUUUAUCUCCCUCAGAUCCGAAACAACGCAUCAAGUUAUGUUCCUCUUCGGCGAUCGUGGCAUUCCUGAUGGAUAUCGUCAUAUGAAUGGCUAUGGUUCACAUACGUUCAAAUUGGUAAACAGCAAAAAUGAAAUGGUUUACUGCAAAUUCCACUACAAGACUAAUCAAGGGAUCAAGAACCUUCUUGCAGAGAAAGCCGCCGAACUUAGUGCUUCUGAUCCUGAUUACUCGAUCAGAGAUCUUUACAAUGCUAUUGCUAAGGGUCAAUAUCCGUCCUGGACAUUCUACAUCCAAGUGAUGACCGCUGAACAAGCAAAGACCUUGAAGUGGAAUCCGUUUGACCUGACAAAAGUGUGGCCACACAAGGAAUAUCCGCUGAUACAAGUGGGAAAAUUAGUGCUAGAUCGCAACCCCGAAAACUACUUCGCCGACGUAGAGCAAAUGGCCUUCGAUCCAGCGCAUAUGGUACCUGGUAUCGAGCCGAGUCCCGAUAAGAUGCUGCAAGGUCGACUCUUUGCAUAUGGUGACACUCAUAGGCAUCGCCUGGGUCCGAAUCAUCUUCAGUUAGCAGUGAACUGUCCUUACAAGGCAAUUUCCGCGAUGCAUUACCAACGGGAUGGUUUUAUGCCGAUAUACAACCAUGGUGGCGCACCGAAUUAUUAUCCGAACAGUUUCUCCGGACCAAAGGAGUGUCCGACCGCUCGCUCACCGCCAUUCCACGUAAGCGGAGAAGUGGACCGUCACGAUCCUAUAGAUGAGGACGACUUUGGUCAAGCUAGUACUUUUUGGAAGAAAAUUCUCGACGAGCCGGCUAGAGAGAGAUUGGUGCAGAACAUGGUCGGGAGUCUACGUAAUGCCUCGACGUUCAUCGUUGAACGAGCUGUACGAAACUUUGGUCGGGUAGACGUCGAUCUCGCGCAGAGAUUAACGGAUGGUUUGCGCAAGUGCGGAAUGCACAUUAAUGCUUUGGGAAAAUCAGCCAAUCUCUGAAGAGGAUCUCUCAUUUUGUAUCAUAACAUAUCUACUACCAAAUACACAAUAAAUACAUACUAAAUAUUAAAUAAUAUAUACUUAUAAUACUUUGUAUUAAUUGAUACACGUUUGUCCGAUCUUUGCUGAAAAUAUUUUUUUUUUUGCAGUCAUAUGCUGCUUAUAAUCGACAAUAUUUCAUUCUAAAGUUAUUUAGUUCUAUAAUACCAUUUUACAAGGGUGUAGGUAAUUUUAAAGUUAUGGUGCCUUUUUACAUACACAAACUGAAUAUAAAAAUUUAAAAUAAGCAAAAAUUCAGCAUUUGGUCUAAUAAUUUUUAAGAUAUUACGUUUUGCUGCAGUGAUUGUUAAUUGUAACAUUGUAUAAGAAUAUCUUUAACGCUCUUUUAAAGAGGGAACAUAUGUUGGGGUUUUUAUCUAAAUAAAAUUGGAAAUUGCAACAA